CACAGGCAAGAAACCAAGGGGUAGAGCGGCGCCAAGGCCAACCAAGCUCCCACCACGUACCACUAUAAAGUCCUACUCCAGCCUUCUUGUCUUUUGCCAUUCCAAGGUAGAAGAACAAGGGCAGCUUCGAGAGGGAGGCGACAGUGGAGAAAGGAGGAGGGACGGUGAUCUAAAGGAAGCAGCCGCUCCUUGCCACCGCCAGACCAGAGAUGGGGAGCAGCGGCAAGAAGCAGGAAGCCGUGAGGCGGUACGUCAGAUCCCGGGCUCCCAGGAUGCAAUGGACGGCCGAGCUCCACCGUAGCUUCCUGCAGGCCAUAGAGUGCCUCGGCGGAGAGCACAAUGCUACCCCUAAGCUGGUUCUUCAGGUCAUGGGUGUGAAGGAGCUUACCAUAUCUCACGUCAAGAGCCAUCUCCAGAUGUACAGAGGCCCGAGCACUCGUAAGGCGAAGAAAGAGACGGAGCCACAGCUGCUGCAAAGGAGGCACUCAUGCGCCGCUGAUGAGCAGCAAGGAGGAGGAGGCCCCAAUGCGCCCUUCAUGUGCCCACCUCUGAAAAGGGCCAGGACGACGGGGACAGAGGCCGCGGACAAAGGCAUGCAAGGAGGCCAAAGCCAAGGAAUCAGUGGGACGAAGACCAGCGGCGCUGUCAACCGGUACUGCAUUGAUGAUUACUACUCCAUGCAAGCCAUGGCCAUGGAGAGGAGAAUAAUGGAGGGCCUCAGCUGUCAGAGGGAUGCUGCUGCUGCUGUUUCCAGCCUCCGGACCGUGGGAUGCUUGGAGCAAGGAUCCGGCGACUUUAAGCAGAUAAUCAAGCCAGAAGCACACUACUACCCUGGUCUUGCAGUGAAGAAGCAAGACCCCAAGGAGAAGCCCAAGGAGAAGGACAGCAACGGGGCGGAGCAGUGCUCCCUGUCGCUGUCCCUUGGCCCGGACCCGAGAUGCCUCCGCGCUGUCUCAUCGUCGUCGCCGAGCGAAGGCAGCUGCAUCAUCUCCUCCUCCUCGUCGCCGCCGAGGAGGAGGAGGAGCUCCAGCCACUGCUCCGGGCACUCCGGCUGCUUCGAUGCCCAGGGCGUGAACUUGGAGCUCUCCCUGUCCAUCUGCUGAUCGUAGACGACUGCGUGAAAUUUUGUACAUCGAUCGAUCGAUCUGUCUGUCACUCGUUUGGUUCAUGGUGCUAGGAUGAUUAGCCAAUGGCAGGUGGUUAGGUUAGGAUUAGGAGUUCAAUGACGUUUUAGAGUUAGCAGGUUACCAAGUUGCAAAGCUAUCUAGCUCCCCGCUUUCAGAGUA